GUGUCCACCGUUCCCCAGAGCUCCAACAGCCACGGACCCACUUUAGCCGCCGUCCACAGCGGCCACCACCACCCGACCCCCGUUCAGCCCCACGGAAGCCAAGUGGUGCAGAGCCACGCCCACCCGACUCCACCAGCAGCCCCUGUCCAGGGCCAGCAGCAGUUCCAGAGGUUGAAGGUAGAAGAUGCUCUGUCAUACCUUGACCAGGUGAAGCUGCAAUUCGGUAGCCAGCCUCAAGUCUACAACGAUUUCUUGGACAUAAUGAAGGAGUUUAAAUCUCAAAG